CUGUAUCAAUGCAAAGAAAAGAAGCAUGGCUGCCACGGUAUCAGAAAAGUAGAAGAAAAAGUUUAUUUGUGUAUAUUACGAAACAUUUUGUAAUAUUUUUACUCAUUAGCGGUUUGUAAAAAUCUUCAAAGAAGAAUUUUUAUAUUCCAAGUGUACAAGAACCAAACCAGAUGCAAAUGUUUAGAAAAUUCUGACGGACAAAGUAAUUUGCAUUAAAAGCAUCAAUGGGUUGGAAUCAUUAAAAAUUCAUACAUUUACUUUGAAAACUUUGUGUGGAAAUUGAUUGGAAAUGACGGAGGUUGGGGAAUGUCUUCCACUUGAAUCCAAGGGAGUCGUGGAUACCCAGAACCUAACAGAGUCGGAAGUUCAUGAUGAGACUUCUGUGGAUGCUAAUGGCUUCCCAGCAGAAGAGGAACCCCCAACCAUCGACAUCAUCAUCAACAAUGUUGUCUGUAGUUUUAACACACGAUGUCAUCUUAACCUCAGAAAUAUUGCAAUGGAAGGAUCCCAUGUCGAAUUCAAAAGGGAGCAAUCUAUGUGCAACAUGAAAAUAAGAAGACCAUACACAACUGCAACAAUAUGGUCAUCAGGGAAAAUUGUGUGCACAGGAGCCACCAGUGAGGAAGAAUCCAGAAUAGCUGCUAGGAAAUUCGCCAGAAAAUUACAACGCUUAGGAUAUAAAGUGAAAUUUACUAAUUUCAGGGUCGUAAAUGUUCUAGGAACAUGUGGCAUGCCAUUUCGUAUUAAGAUAGCUGCUUUUUCACAAAAGUAUCCAAAAGAAGCAAGUUAUGAACCAGAGUUACACCCAGGAGUUACAUAUAAACUAAAAUCACCAAAAGCAACCCUCAAAAUAUUUUCCACAGGAAGUAUAACAGUAACAGCUCCAAGUGUAGCCAAUGUCCAAGCAGCCAUAGAACAUAUUUUCCCUUUAGUCUCAGAAUUCAAAGCAGAAGACAAGGAUACAGAUAAAAACGUUAUAGAUAAAGAAAUCAGAUUCAUGCAGAAACAGCGAAGCUCACUCCAACCAGCUAAACCUGUGUCUAGAUACGAAGACUUCGAAAAGGUAGAAAUGUACGACACCGAUUACAGUGACGAAGAAGAAUUUAACACUGAUGAAAGUCAAGACUGAGUGUUUAGUUUCAAAAUUGAAAGUACAAAUUUGUGAAAGUGAAAGUUAAGCUCACCAGUGUUCUCCUAUGAGUGAUGUUUAUACCCUGGCAUUUUAAACUUUACAGUGUAUACUCCUGUGUGCGGUCCCAACAGUUGAUAAAAACUUGUGUUCAUUAUUUAUUCAUUGUGUUUGCAUAAUUUUUAGACUGUCCAUCCAUUUGAAAUUUGACAAGACUCAUGUUCAGUAUUUUAAUAUGCAAUUAAAUAAUAUCAUAAUGGGCAGAGUGAUUUUUUUUGAUGUGUUGAUGUUUGUUUUGAAUUGAAGGAGUGAUUGUUUAAAUGAAAGGAAAUUUCAUGCAUUGUGUGUUUUUCUUCACAUGUGAAUAGCAUUAAUCUCACAAUUUUGUUGCCAUCAUGUUUAACAGACUUCUGAUGUAUACCUGAUAUGUAGUUUUUCCAUAUACAUUUCUCUACUGAUGUAAUUAAAACAGUGCUAAAUAAAAUACAAAGAUGCACAAAACCUUUGCCAAAUAUUUGAAUUAUCUUCACUGUAUUUGUAUGAUAAAUUUGUCGAUAUAUUUUCACUAUGAUUUUGAAAAAGAUGUUUAUACUGUUUUUAGACAGCAAUAAAGUUCAUAUUUAUUACAGUUUAUAAUGGAACAAAAGUUAUUCAUUGUAUCAUUUGAGUAAUGGAAGUUUUUACUUAUCUUCGUCCAAGUCUUACGGUCCACAGUUUGUAUUAAUAGUCUUUAUUUUGUAAAUGGUAGACAAUGGGAGAAAUUAUUCCAAAGUAAAGUUCUUGUGCAUAUAUUUGUAUAUGAAUAAGCUCAAUGAGAAGUUUUCAUUGAUUUUUUUUUGUCUUUUGAUUCAAAUGUUUUCUGUGUUUUAAAAAUAUGCCACAGUUAAGGGGCAUUAAUUUCAUUUUUAGAAAGUUCAAAUCAAGAGAACAAGUUUUUUUUGUGUAAUUUUGAUUUGGGUGUGCCAUAAUUAUUCAUUGUUGAUUACAUUGCUUUAUUCAAUAGGAUUGUCCUGUAGAACUUUUUACAUGAGAAAAGUCUUUCUAUGGAGCUUGUCCCAACACUAAAUAUGUUGACUAGUAAUUUCUUGAUGACUGAUAUAUAAAUGAUAGGAGGAUAAUGAUGUUAAAAUUGUUUUUUUUCUUUAAACAAGUGCUAUAGCAAUAAUUGGUUUAUCAAUACAUGCUGGUAUAAUAAAUGUUAGAACUAGUACAUAUAUAUUAUAAACUCAGUUCCAUUGGUGUAAUUUUUUAAAAUAACAAAACUGAAAAAAGAAUAUUUUUAUUAUGUGAGUGCUAAACUUUUUUAAAAUUAAUAACAUGUCAGUGAAUUUAAAUCUGUUCCUGUGUUUGCCCUUAAUUAAUUGGUCACGGAGCCAAAAAAGAUGAUACAUUAGCAUUGCAGUUGGCGUCCUGAAACUAACAAGUAAAUAUUUUUUUUAACCAAAUCAAAGCACUAGUAUUAAUACCUGACUAUUGGAGGAAAUUUUCAGAGUAACAAUCUAUAUAUUGUAAAUGUUAUUGUAUAUCAAAACACAAGUUUUUCACAAUUGGCAAUUGCAAAAAGUGGUUUUUAAGAUCAAAAUCAAAUUGAAUGGAAAACUUUCAUAGACAUUAUACAAUCUACUAUUACUCAUAAUCAAUUCAGCAUCUUUUGUUUUUGUGCACAUUGCAGUGUGUUGUGAACCAAUAUUUAAUUGAAGAAGCACUCCAAUUACAUGCCUAUAAGCAAAAUAAAACAUCACACGAACAAUCAUAUAUCUAAUCGUUUUUAAACUGCAGUAUUUAUAUAAAAAUAUAUGGAAAUAUGAAGCCACUGAUUUCACAAAUUAAAAAUUAAAAUUUUAAGAACAAUAUUUAUUCAUGAAAUUUAUAUAUGGUGCUUUUGUUUUUGAAUUAUCUAGAAUUAUAAUUUUUCUGAAAAAUGUAAAGUCAUUUAUAUCCCAAAUUUUUUGCUAAAAUCAUUGUUCAUUAUCAUUUUAGUUUUUGUGCUUCCAUGACCAGGAAACAUUGGAUUAAAGAUUCCUAUAUUAAUUGCAUGCUUUGUAUCUUUGUUAAUCCAAUACUUGGAGGGGAUAAAUUCUUAAACUCUAUUCAUUUUCAUUUGUAAAUUGUUAUUGAAUGGGUAAUAAUACAACAUUACUGGUAAAUGGUUAGGAACACUACAGUUUUGUAUAUGAUUUUGACAUCCAACAAGUUUUGUUUUUGAGUUCAGUGAGCUACCUAACUUUUAUUUGAAUUAAAAAUAAAGAUGUGGAAAAUCCUUUAAAUCUUUCUCAAAGGUGAAGAACAGUAAAUUUGCUGCAUAGAAGUGCCAAAAGGCUAUUGUAUUGUAUGUUGUUAUCUUUGUGGAGAUUUUUUCUUUAACGUUGAUUGUCCUCCUCAGCCAAGCCAUGCCUUUGUGUGGGGUGCAGGCAGAAACAGGGCACAUGGUACAGCAAGUAUGUGAGUCAUAUCAUCUAGUAAACAGCAACUUAUUCUAGAGUCUGCCUGGUUUGAAUGGAUUGUAAUGGUGCUUUUGUUUAAAUCUGACAGUUGUUUCAGUCAUACCUAUUCCAAUCUAGAUCAGUUGGGCAUUUUAAGUGUACAAUUUUAUCUUUCAUGUUUAAAACAUAUAAUGUAAAUACAUUACUUGU